AUGGUGACAGAAACAGAAUCACCAUUAAUUACUUCGAAUUAUAAACCAACAAAAGAAUUAUCAAAUGAAGGUGCAGAUUUAGUUGAUCGAGCAAAAACCUAUAUUCGAGCUAUUUUACAUGAUUCACUUCAUAUUCAACCAUCGGAACGUGUUUAUAUAUUAUAUGAUGAAGAUGUUGAAUUAACACAAAUACUAACAGCUGCUUAUGCAGAUAUAGCUAAUGAACAUACAAAUAUUGACUUUACAAAUUUUAAUCAGCAUACAGCUGAUGAUAUAUUAGCUCAUUUAGCAACACUAAAAGCAAAUGAUUGUGUUAUUCUUAUUCAAUCUCAACAAUUUCGUUUAAAUGAAUAUCGGAUACGUCUUGAAUUAUUUAAACGAAAUAUUAAAACUAUUGAACAUCUUCAUUUAAAUAUUAUUAAACCUGAAGAAUAUAAAAAUUAUGUUGAAUCAUUAGCUUUUUCACCUGUUAAAUAUCGUGAUCUUGCUUUACGUAUUAAAGAUAAAUUAGAUAAAUGUCAAAAAGUUCUAGUUGAAUGUCAAGAUGGUAGUCAAUGUGAAUAUACGGGUGGUAUGAAUGAUUGUAAAUUAAAUAUUGGUGACUAUAAAGGUAUGUCAGGAAUUGGUGGUACAUAUCCAAUUGGAGAAGUAUUUACUGAAUCACGUGAUUUAUCGAAAGUAAAUGGACAAAUGUCUAUUUGGGCAUAUCCAUCGUUAGCUAAAACUUUGGAAAUACCACCUGAACCAAUUGUAUUAACAAUCAAAAAUGGUCUUAUAGAGUUUGAUCCUGAAAAUGGUAUCUAUCCAAAAAAUUCAACUGAAACAUUUAAUCAAUUAUUAACACUUAUUCGAGAUGGUGAAGGUGAAAUUUGUGUUCGUGAAUUUGGUUUAGGAUUAAAUGAAGGUAUGGGAAAAUCAGCAAUAGUAACAGAUAUUUCUGCAUUUGAACGUCAACAUGGUAUGCAUAUAAGUCUUGGAAAAAAACAUAAUGUUUAUAAAACCAGUGCUAUUAAAACAAAACAAACACGAUUUCAUAUUGAUGUUUUUAUUGAUCUUAAAAAUAUAACUAUACUUGAUGAUAAUACAUGUUUAUUUGAUGAUGGAAAAUAUCUUGUUUAG